AUGCGUACCCGGCGGCAGCCUGCGUUCCGCGGCCGGAAACGCAGCGAGGCGUCGGGCCGCCUGCCGGAAAGCAAGCCUGCGACCCGCACUGUCGUAAAACGACCGUCCACACGACGCGGGUGGGGGGGGGCGGGGCGGAGCGGAACGCCGGGUCCCGAGCCGCGGGCCUCCGGUGAGGGCGGUGGGCGGGCGCCGCGAACCUGCCGCCGCCCGGGAGGGCCCCGCCGCCGGAGCCGACCCCUCCCCGCCGGCCGCGCGGGGCCGCCGGGGCUUCCAGGCCGCCGCCGCCGCCAGGGGUCAGCCUUCGCCCCGCGAGCCGGCCGCAGCAGGUGCCCGGGGCCGCGCGUGUGUUCCCCCGCCGGGCCGCACGGACUCGGCGCUCCGCACCCCGCACGCAGUCCUCACCGCUCCGGGCGGGCUCUGCAGCUUGCGGGGCGGACGCUUAGUGCUGGAGCCCGGGGGACCGGGCCAGUGUCGCGGGGGCAGGAGGCGUGCGGAGCUCUUUCUGAACUCAGCCUGUCUGACUAGGGGAAGAUCAGUAGGGGAUACUAGCCAGCUGGCUGCCCCACUGCCCUUCUUCUGACUUCAAGACAUAUUCUCCACCCUUGACUCCUGCCAGCGUCUGGCACUCAUACUCC